AUGUCUUCAAUUGAGCAUACAGAGACGCUCAACGCUCCAAACCUUCAGAUCUGGAACAACGCCGCCUUCGACGAUGUAGAUUCCAAUGUUACUUCCGCCGUCGAAGCUUCUUGGUCUAACCUCCCUCCCGAUUUCGUCAACGAAUCGUUCGAUUCUGAUUGUAGCAAGGAGAAUCAGAUUCCGAUUUCGGUUUCGUCCUCGGUCAAAUCCUCUGUCUCGUUCACCACCGAUCCGCUUCGCUCCGGUAAUGCUCACGAAAAGCCACCGAAGCCCUGGUGUGAAGCUCCGUCAGCAAAACCUAUGACCGCGAAGGCCAAAUCCGGCGCAGAUCAAAGGGAUAUUGAUGCAGAGAUCGAAGAUGUAGAAAAGGAGAUCGGCCGGUUAUCGACCAGAUUGGAAUCGCUCCGAUUAGAGAAGGCCGAGCAAACCGCAAGAAGUAUCGCUAUACGAGGAAGAAUCGUUCCGGCGAAGUUCAUGGAAUCUCAGAAACAGACAGUCAAGUUCGCCGAAGAUUCGCCUUUCCCAGGAUCCAAAUCAAGAACCACCACUCGUAGAGGCGUUAGUCUGGGGCCAGGGGAGAUAUUCUCUGCUGCAAAGAAAUCGGAGACGGUGACUCCUCUUCAAUCGGCUCAGAAUCGACGCAAGUCUUGUUUUUUCAAGCUUCCUGGCAUCGAUGAAGGCAAAGUAGUGACAAAAGCUAGAGGGCGAACGAGUUUGAGCCUGAGCCCGAGAACUCGCAAAGCUGCAUCGAAGAUUACGGCGGCUCAGAAGCAAGCAGCGACGACGGGUGGGUCAAAGAGAGCAGUGAAGAAAGAGGAAGGCGUUUUAUCAUCAAUCCAGCCUAAGAGACUCUUCAAAGAAGAUGAAAAAAACGCUGCUUUGAGGAAACCAUUGAAACCAGGAAGAAUUGUGGCUAGCCGGUACAGCCAGAUGAGCAAAACUACUCAGACUGCUGAGAAAGAUGCAAGGAAACGUUCGUUGCCUGAGAACGAAGACAAAGAGAAUCGGAGGUCGGAGAAGAGAAGAGCUUCUGAUGAGAAUUGCAAGAGCGAGGGGAGAGUGAAGAAGAGAUGGGAGAUUCCAAGUGAAGUUGAUCUGUAUAGCAGUGGUGUGAACGAUGAUGAGACCCCUAUAGGCAAGGAGCUUCCUAGGAUCAGAACACUUCGCCGUGCGGGAGGGAGCCCUCGUGAUUCAGGUGCUGCCAAAAGAGUUGCGGAGUUAGAAAGCAAGAAUCGCAAUUUCACAUUUUGCCAGCUUCUGAGAUUUGAAGAAUGA